AGCAACCCCGGGACAGUUACCAAUCUCCAAACUUCCUCCACUCGGCUUCCCCUCUAUAUAUUUCCCUCUGAUUCACUCGCAUCUCAUAGCACACAUUAGAGUCACCACCAAGCUAAGCACAUGGAGACACCACAUGCCAAAUCUGCACUUAAGAAAUUUGUGAAGGUAGGCUCGGAGUCCUCUCUUCCUUGGAGCUCCGCUGCCAGGGCCAGAGGAAUGGCAAAGGAGGAAGUCAAAGAGCAACUUUCCGCGGACAAAUCGAAGGCUACCCAGAGGCCUGCUGCAAAAGAAAAUACCAAGCCUGCAGAUUUCAAACUCCACACACAACAGAGAGCUGUCAAACGUGCGAUGUUCAAUUACUCGGUUGCGACCAAGCUGUAUCUCAUGGAGCAACAGAAGAAAUAUGAAGAGAAGUUGCAAAAGAUGAUCGAAGAGGAAGAGGUACGGUUGCUGAGAAAAGAGAUGAUUCCUAGAGCCCAGUUAAUGCCUUUGUUCGACAGGCCCUUUUACCCACAGAGAUCGAGCAGGCCCCUGACCAUCCCCAGAGAGCCAGCAUUCCGGAUGUUGAGCAGCAAAUGCUGGACCUGCACAUGCUGCACCCAUCAGCUCUACGGCUUCCACCAGCACUGUCACCCCUUGAAGCCCAUCAAGUGAUGACAGUUUGCACGCGUUAUCGAUGUUCAUUACACUAGUCAUUAGAGGGACAGCCUCAGGUGUCCACCAACCACCUUUUGUUUCUCCUCUUGUGUGGGUUCUGCAUAGUGUCGCAAAUAAGCCAUUUUGCUCUGCCUGUGUCGCGAGUCUUUCCCACAGUUUCUUGAGAGCUUUUAGUUUAUGGUUUUGCCAGUGUACCAUAGAAGUUUUUUCGUGAGAACGAGAGAGAGAGAAAGAGAGGUGACUCGUUAUAGUCAAAAUAAGUCUGUAUCAUAUGUCCCCUGUAUCAUAAAUGUCAACACCAGUCUUUCUCCUUCCAUC